AAACCUUCCCGCUGUACCGAUAGGUGUUCACGGCCGAGAGCGCUUGGGUUGCUCCAGUCAAGGAUGGCGGAGAAAGUCAUGACCGAUGGGGGCGAGCUUUCAGGCCACAUAUAUUUUGAGCAAAUGAGGAGAAGAAAGGGGGGCACCAUGGGUCUCUCUCGUCUCUGACUGAUUCAAUUAUUUCACUUCGAGACACCAUGUCGACUGUAGACCACCAUCUCACUUCUGUCCCUUCGGGAUCAUUCAAUGUUGACACUUUGUCAGAAGAGGAAAGACAGACUCGAUAUCGUAAAGUUGUACGAAAAUUGGACUGUAUCAUCCUCCCCCUCACCGCUGCAUUGUACCUCUGUGCUGCUCUUGAUCGAGGUAACAUCGGAAAUGCCAAACUUCAAGGUCUUCAAGACAUCCUUGGAGGCAACACGACGGCUGAAAAGUCAACCCAUUUCUCAAUCGCUCUGAUGUCGUUCUACGUCACAUAUAUUCUUUUCAAUGUACCUGGAAAUAUUCUCGCUACCAUGAUUACACCGAACAAAUCAUUGGCCCUUGGAGCCAUCGUGUGGGGUGUCGCCUCAACUGCUCAAGCAGGAUGCACAAGUUUAGCUGGGAUCGUCGUCUGCCGUCUAUUCAUUGGUAUUGGGGAAUCCGCCUUUGGAGUCGCCGUGGCUCUAUACUAUUCCCUGUGGUAUACCCGCGAUCAAUUAGCCAAGCGUUUAUCCCUGUACAUCGGUAUGGGAUCCAUUGCUGGAGCAUUUGGAGGUCUCAUUGCCUAUGGCGUGUCUUUCAUCAAGACUAGCAAACCCGCUCAUUGGCAGAUCCUAUUCAUCAUUGAGGGUCUGCCAUCCGUCAUCUUGUCUGUGGUCAUCUUCUUUUUCCUACCUUCAGUACCUGAAUCAUCCAAGUACCUCUCGACUGAAGAACGAGCCAUCUUGGCGCAUUUCCUCAAAGACCCAGGAUACGCUAGAAAACAUCACUUUGAUCGUACUGCUUUCAAGAGAGUCUUUACGACACCCACGACGUAUCUCAAUUGUCUCGUUUACAUGGGUCUCUCCCUAUCGCUCGGCUCGGUUUCUGGAUUCCUCCCUACUAUCAUCAAAUCUCUCGGAUACAGUGCUGCUCAAGCUCAGCUGUUCACCGUCCCUCCGUAUGCCGUCGCUUUCGUCGGAACCCUCUCCGUCUCUUUCCUCUCUGAUCGAUACCGAUCUCGAGGUAUCCCCAUUGCUGGAUUGGCAAUCGCAUCCGCAGUCGGCUUUGCGAUCCUCAUUGCCGUACCUCACAAUAUGGCCGUAAGGUAUUUCGCUGUAUUCCCGACGGUCUUAGGAGUGUUCUCCGUCGGUCCAUUGAUGAUGACCUGGGCUACGAACACCGCUGGAAGUCAUUCAGCAGCUGCUAUCCGAUUGGGUUUCAUGAAUGGCGUCGGGCAAUCUUUCUCAAUCUUGUCAUCCUUCAUGUUCCCCGCUGAAGAAGGGCCUCAUUGGUACAAAGGUUUCAGUCUGAAUAUCGCGUUCAAUAUCGUCAUGGUCUGUGCUGCCUUGACCUUGACGACCAUUUAUCGACGUGAAAACGCUCGAAGGGAUAACGAGCAGCUGGGUGAAGCUGCCAUCUCCGGAAAUCCAGAACAAGAAAAGGCCAAUAUGGAGCAUAUUGAGGACGACGAAGAGGACAGCCCCGAUGCUCAUCUUCACGACCUGUCGCCCAACUUCCGAUACAUUGUCUGAGCAUCAUAGGAUCAAAAGGCCUGCAGGGUCAGGAGAGAUACAUAGAUAGUCGCUGAGGUACAUCGCGAAUUUUGUAUGAUUAGUAGAUGCAUUACCAUCUUUAAAU